AUGGGUUCUGAAAGACACUUCGACUAUUUGACUCUGAUGACUGGUGUGGUUAUUGGUUUUUCCUCUGCAUGGAUCUUGAAAAGUCGGAUUAUUAAUACGGUGUCAUUUGUUCGAAACUUAGCCCAAGAUACACAACAUAAUAUGAAGUUAGUAUUUAUUGUUCGGACAGAUCUAGGAAUUGGGAAAGGCAAGGUAGCAUCCCAAUGUGCUCAUGCUGCAGUUAGUUGUUACCAGAAAAUGCUAAAUUCUUCCCCCAAAACCCUGAGAUCAUGGGAACUAAUGGGACAACCAAAAAUAGUUCUGAAGGCUGAAGAAGGUGGCGAACAAUAUCUGCUUGAAUUGUGUGAGAAAGCUAAAGCUGCAGGCCUUGUAACUACUGUAAUAAGAGAUGCAGGCAAGACACAAAUUGAGAGUGGCACUGUCACUGUAUUGGGAAUUGGUCCAGGAAAAUCUGCACAUGUAGAUCAAAUAACCAAGCAGCUAAAAUUAUUGUGA